CCGAACUACUCGAUUAGCAAGAGAUAUCCCUGGAUGACUGCCAACUAAGCACCAUAUGCCACCAUAUGCCAUGCACAGAUACAUAUGGAUGAACAGGAAGCCCAGACAUGAUACCAUGGGCUUGGAUGGACGUGGACUUCAACAUAUACAAUGUCACGUGCAUAUGCCAGAACAACACCCCGGGCAGAGUCCCAGUCCUUUCGGGAUAUACCUAUAUAUGCGCAAUAUCACUACCUAUCUCCUUAUAUAUACUACUAUCUUAUAUUGUUCCGCACUUCAUGACUGCAGUAUCUUAUCACGUGCAACAUCAUAUCCACUUUCCUCCGCUCUACCCGCGGUUCCAUCCCCACCAACCUCGUCACUCAAACCUUAAUCCAAACUCAACUCAACUCAACUCAACUCAACUCAACUCAACUCAACUCAACUCAACUCAACUCAACUCAACUCAACUCAACUCAACUCAACUCAACUCAACUCAACUCAACUCAACUCAACUCAACUCAACUCAACUCAACUCAACUCAACUCAACUCAACUCAACUCAACUCAACUCAACUCAACUCAACACAACACAACACAACACAGCCCUACCCUAAUCUUCCUUCCUAUACCGACCAUUCUCCCCUACAAACGCCGAUGCCGGGAACCGAAACUGGCUGUGAAGUGACGGGAAGAGAUCCCGCUUGAAAAAUUCGUGAAUGGAAUCAGAUUUAUAAGCGAGCUACAGAGAUCUUCACCCCACACCACCGUCCCAUGAAUCUCCUGUUUCCACGGCUUUUG